UGGAGAUAAUAAAAAAAACAAAGAUAUUUUAAAGAUAUCGGAAUCAAUGUCUAUUCCUAUUGAAUUUGUGAAGAACAAGGGUAUUCUGAAUAAUUACUCAUUAAAUAGACCACAUAAUGGAUUUGUUUUGGAAACAUCACCAAUUAGAAGUAUUUCACUUAGUACAAGGAAAGAAUUUGUUGAUUUUCAGAACAAUUAUUGUAAUGAUAUGGAAUGUAAAGAGUCUAAUAAUCUAAAUUUAUGGCUUUUUUUGGAUGAAAUAAUGGAUCCAAUGAAUAUGGGUGCUAUUUUAAGAAAUGCAUAUUAUUUUGGACUUAAUGGUGUGAUUAUUUCUCAAAAAAACAGUGCACCUUUAUCACCAACAGUAAAUAAAGCAUCAUCAGGAGCAUGUGAAUUUUUAAAAAUAUUUAAAACUGCUAAUCCUUUAUCUUUUUUACAAUCAUUAAAAUCAAAUAAUUGGAAAAUAAUUGGAACUACAUCAUUGUCUGAUAAAGUAAAGAAUAAUUUAGUAAUUACAUACAAUGAGCUAGAUAAAUAUCUUUCAAAUUCUCCCACUUUAUUAAUAAUGGGAAACGAACAUAAAGGUAUAAGAACAUUAGUUAAAAAUAAAUGUGAUUUUCUAGUCACUAUUCCAGCUUCACCGUUUACUUUUUCACUAAUAGAUUCUUUAAAUGUAUCUGUAGCUUCUGGAAUAUUAAUUUCAGAAUUUUCAAAAAUAUUAAGAACAAAAAAACAUAAUUAAACUCUAUAAAACUUUUUAAUAUUUUUUAAAUAUAAUUAACAG